GCUUAUUGCCUGUUCAUGUUGGUGGGUCGAUAACACAGCGAUAACUAACCAGGCUAGGCGGCCUACGCGAGAAAAGGCGUUUUCGUCAUGAAAAGGUAGCAAACAUGCUUUUCUUAUAAAUUGGUUACAAAAAGUCUCCUUUAUUAAUACGCUAAUGAUCUGAAAUAAAAAAAAGACCAGUGUAACCAUGGCUACGACGGGCAGAACAUCAGGGUUGAAGCCGCCAUCACGUAUAGCAAAACCGAAAACAACCGGGUUAGGAAAACCCGCAGCGCAGAUUAAAGUAGAUGGACACCAUUCCGAGGAACUCCGUGUUCAAAGAGGUAUUUUUCAUGCGACUCGCAUCAAAGAUGCAGUUGCACAGUCAGCAAGGGCAGCUGGGAUGAGAUCAAAUGAUGCGUCCAGGUACGCGGAUAAAUUAGUACAACGAACAAAUUCUGAAAGCGGUGAUAGUACUACAUCUAGGGACAGCUUCAUCAUCGGCGAGAGGGUGAUCGUUGGUGGGGAUAAGCAUGGAUAUAUACAGUUUUUGGGUGAGACCAGGUUUGCCUCAGGCCAGUGGGCUGGUUGUGUAUUGGAUGAGGCCGUGGGAAAGAAUGAUGGCUCUGUUAACGGUGUGCGGUACUUUCAGUGCGAGCCUAAAAAGGGCGUGUUUGUUAAACCUGAAAAACUUGUACGAGAAAAGGGCAAAGCUAAAGCUAGGCCCAACGUGAUACCUAACACACCACGUAUGGGGACACGAGCCUCCUCAAGCAGGUCUCUUAGUAAGUUACCUACGACAGCUGCUCAGGCUGCGGCAAUGAGCACGCCAACAAAGGAAACACAACCAGAACAUAUGGGACUUAAGGUUGGAGAUCGUGUUCUUGUAAGCGGUACAAAGCUUGGUACAUUGCGGUACAUAGGGACAACAGAAUUUGCAAAAGGCGACUGGGCAGGUGUGGAGUUAGAUGACGAGCAGGGUAAAAAUAAUGGUGCUGUCGCAGGAACAAGAUAUUUUCAGUGCAAACCAAAACAUGGUUUAUUCGCACCUGUCCACAAGGUCACAAAGGUGCGCGGAACGGGUGCCAAAACCAAUGACGGUGUUAUGAUGCGGGACAAACGCAGCAAUAGUAACAGCUCCAUCAGCUCAAUCGGUUCAACGUCAAGCUUAUCUCGUAGCCUUGCGAGAUCCUCAGUAACAGAUCCCAGCUCCCCACGAGUUGUGGAAACCCCGCGUAAACUUGGUUCGCAGGACGACUUAGAUUCAGAAUCUGGCGCAUCAGCCAAUGCUUUUCCUGAGCCCAUUGCCGUUGUAACUUCUUCAUCAACCACCACCACCAGUUCUAGUCCAAUGCUCGACGAUCAGGUGGAGUUGGAACUAGCUGCUUUACGAACCCAGCAUGAGAAGUUCGUUCGGGAAAGCAUGGAGGAGAUAGACUCCCUUAAGUACCUUGUGGAAACCGCGGACAAGGAAAAGGUGGAACUUUUGCAAGAGUUAGAAGCACAAAAAAGGAAAGUGGAUGAUCUUCAGUUUAGAAUUGAGGAAGCUACAAUAGACACUUCAGACCUCAAGGAGGAAAACCAGGAAGAACUUGUGAGGUUAAAAGAACUAGAGGAUAGAUUAUUAGAGGAGAAUCAACGCAAUAGGAAGCUUCAGCAAGAGAUUGAUGAACUUGUAAAUCAAAAUGAAAACAAAGAUUUCAAGUUGGCCGAAAUAGAAAUGGAGGGAGCAUCUCUGCAGGAGCAGGUUGAGGAACAACAAAAGAAAAUCAAGGAACUAGAAACAAAGCAGCAACUGAUUGACACGGCUCAACUCGAUGGCAACGAGGCCAACGAAGAACUGAAAGCAAAGAUUGUUAGAAUAUCUGAGUUAGAAGAAGAAUUGGCAAACUUUGAGAAACUGAAGAGCGAAACGGAAAAGAAAGUCCAAGAGAAGGCUCAGGAAUUACAAAUGGAAGUGGCUAAAAAACAAAAACUAGAACUGACAGUAGAAGAUUUAAAUAAGAAGUUAAAUGAGAAAGAAACUGCCUACUGUGGCACACUUAGUGAAGUUGAAGAAUUAAGACAAGCAAAGGCAGAUUUAGAAGCAAAGUUAAAGACAUCAGAUGAAUUGCAGAAGAAUUUUUUAAAAGAAAAGACUGAAUUUGAUGCUGAGAAAAAGAAGAUGGAAGAGUGUGCCAGUGAUAGCUCUGGUCAAAUCAUCCUCAUGAACCAACAGAUAAAUGAAAAAGACAGACAAAUAGAAGAGCUGUCAGCUCAGCUAAAGGAAUCGCAGCAGAAGAUAAGUGAAAUAACCGACAACCUUAACCACAACAAAGACGAAUCACAGAAACACUUUGAUAACCUACGGCAGCAACAUCAAGAAGAAAUCAAGAAAUAUCAAACCAAAAACGACAAAAUUCAAAAAGAAUUACAGGAAAGCAAGAGUAAAGUUAUGCAUCUUCAAGAUGAGGCCCAGUUAUUGGAAGAAGAGAUUAAGAAACAACACAUAGAAGAGGUUGCUAAACUGAAGGAGAUCAUAAAGGAGAAGGCGGCAUUGCAAGAAGCAUUAUCUCACGAAAAAACGAGCAUUAAGGCCAGUUUUGACAAUGUAUCGCAACAGAAGUCACAACUAGAGUUUGAGUUAGAUGAAGUGCAGUUAAAAUUAGAGGACCUACAAAGUGACAAAGAAAAGAUGAAAUCUGAAAAUGAGCAGACAAUGCAGAAAGUACAAAGGUUGGAAACAUUACUGGAAAACACAAAUUCAUCGGGACAAGAACAAAACAAGAAACAAGAAGAAUUGUUAAAACAGAUUGAAAGUGAAACAAAUGCUAAAAAUGAGGUUUUGAAGGAGAAUGAGAAAAUUCUUACUGCAGUUUCAAAUUUGACAACUGAAAGAGACUCAUUAAAGACAGCGAUCACAGAGCAUCAAGAUAAAUUGAAAAACCAAGAAGAGACUCUCAACUCUGUUAAAGAAGAAAUGGAGAAGUAUAAAGUAAAUUUAAAAGAAAGUGAAGGCAGGAACAACGAAGGAAACAAACAUUUCAAAAAUCUACAAGAAAAAAUGAGAGAAGUACAAAGAAAGUUGGAUGAGUCUGUCAAUGCAAUGUCAGUAACAGAAGAAGAGAAGAAGAACCUACUCCAAAAAAUAGAAGCGUUGGAAAAAGAAUCAGGCGUGAAUGAAAUCAGGAAGAAAGAAGAGGAGGUAUCAAGAGGGACAAUGAAAGCACAAUUAGAUACUGUGCAACAGUCGCUGGAUGACAAGACGAGACAAGUAACGGAAUCCGAAAGAGAGAAGGAGAGACUAAUGAGGGAGGUGGACAGAUUCAAGACCAUGUUGGACAAAAGCAAGGAGAAUUCUGAGAAAGAGGAACAAAAUUUAGGUUCCCUACAAACACAACUAGAUGAAGCAAACUUCCAGCUUGAAGAGAGCAGACGACAGGUUGCUAACCUGCAAGAAGAUGAGAAAGUAUUAAGGGAAGAGUUGAAACAAAUUAAGGGUAGUCUAGAAGAGAAUAAAGCAGAAGUCAAAAGAAAAGGGGAUACCAUCACGCAACUGAAUGCAGCAAUUGAUGAAACAAAUGAAAAAUUAGCUAAAGAAGCUAACCUACUUAAAGAAAAACAAAAAGAAACAGAUCAAGUGACAGAGAUAUCAAAGAAACUGGAAGGAAAAAUAUCUGAACUAGAAACAACAUUACAGAGUCUGACUCUAAAGGCAAAGGAAGAUGAAGCGGUGAUGAAGGCUUCCUUAGAAACAGCUACGAAGCACAGUGAACUAAUCAAGCAGGAGAAGGAGAGCAUCGAGAAACAAAUGAAUGAAAGUAACACGGAUAGGCAAGCGAAAGAACAGAAGCAGCAAGAAUUACAGAGGCGGUUGAAGGAGUAUGAAGAACGAAUAAAAACCAUGACGACCGCUACGGAAGACUCUGACAAGAUGAUAACUGAACUUCGGCAGAAAUUAGCAACAGUGGAGGAGACCGACAGACAGUCUAAGGCUAAAGGUCAAGAAUUGGAAACAGAACGAGAUCGACUGAAGAAUGAACUUACAGGUCUUGUACAAAUCAAAGAAGAAAAAGCGAAGCUGCAAGAUGAUUUUGAUAGAGUUAAUAAAGUACUAGAAGAAACAAAAGCUAAGGAAUCAGAAGCUACAGCUGGACUAAACUCGGACAUUAAAUCCUUGGAAAGAACUUUAGAAAUCACUAAUCUACUAAUAUCAGAAAAAGAGAAGGAAGUUGAGAAAUGCAGGACAGAGAUUACUACUUUAAAGGCAGAAUGCUUGGUGAUGAAAAAUUACAAGGACCGAUUAGACGAUGUUGAAGAUACCAACGCAGCAUUAAGGCAACAAAUAGCUGAGUUACAACUCCAGGAAAGCAAUAAUUCAAACAAUGUAGUUCUUGAUGAGAAUGAAAUCUAUGAUGCAUUGAAAGAGGAGAAAGAACAAGCAGAGGGGCAGGUGCAAUUCUUAAACUCAGUCAUUGUAGAUCUACAGAGAAAAAAUGAUGAACUUAAAGCGCAGAUGGAUAUAAUGGAAAAUGGUGGGAUGAAUGGCAACCACGACCUCUCAUUGGAUAUAGAGUAUGAUCAUCCUUCAGGACCUCCACCUAGGUUAUUCUGUGACAUCUGCGAUGUCUUUGACCUUCAUGACACCGAAGACUGCCCUCUACAGGCUAGCUCCGACAGUCCGCCUCCAUCACAAUACCACGGUAGUAGAAGUGAAGAGCGCGCCUAUUGUGAUAUUUGUGAAGAAUUUGGACAUUGGACGGAGAGUUGCGAUGAUGAACAGACUUACUAAAUGCAGAUUGUUAUGAUCCAUGGCUGUCUUAACAAGCUGUUCAUGGCCAAUAAUGGGAACCGAGUUAGCACAGGCACUUACUAUGUGCAAAACUAAAGCUGUAUAGUCUGUUGCUACAAGAACAUCAGUGACUGGACAAUUUGUACCAAGUUAGCAUGGUACAUAUUGUUUGCACGUUUCGUUGUGUGCCAGCUUAAUGCUCUACAGCAGGCGGACAGUUGGUACCAAGUUCAUAUAACGCUAUUGCAAGAUGUAAACUGUGGUGUGUCUAGGAAGCAAUGAAAUGGGGAGGGGCGUGGGAGAGGUAAAUGGUUAAGUGAAGGGGGGCGCUGUGAGCAUUCUUUAAGGAUCUUACGCCUCCCACAUUUUACCAUAAAUAUUCCACUGGAGAUACGGCACCUGUUACAGAGCCAACAGCAAGUGGACAAUUGGUACCAUAUUAGCAAGGCAAUUACCAGCUGUAAACCUGCUGCAGCAAGGAAGUCCGUCAGCUAUUGGAUGACUGCUACCAAGUUUUCAUGGUGCAAGAUUAUUACAAGGUGUAGUGAUGAAGCCAUAAGCUGGUUUCUGUAUUCAUUUGUGCCUGCUCGAAUGCUGUUUAAUUCACAUGAACUUUUAAUAAGCUAUAGCCAAAUGUUAGAAAGAGCAAGAUUUGUUCCCAAAAUAAUAUCAUACAGCACUAAAAUGUGGUUUAGCAUUUUUAUUUAUCCAUGUUCAAUAUUUUAUUUUAAAAUGUUUAUUUCUUCUGGCUUGUUUUUUUUUUAAGCUUAUGAUUUUGUUGAUUUACACUUAUUAUCCUUAGUUUUUUUUUUUAAUUCAAAAGUAUGUAAUUGCAAUUAAACUUAAUUAGUUAUCAAAAGGAGCACUACAGACAAAUGUGUGUUUCCGAAAAGAGGUUUGUUGUAACUGGAUUUUAGAUGAUUUUGGUAUGGUAUAAUUUGCCCCAUAUUACUGUUUAUUCCUGAAAAAUCAGUGAAAGUUUCCAGUCACAUGGUUUGCUUGUCUAGCAAUCAUCUGACCGCAACAUUCUCAGAACAAGUUUGAUGAACGAGUGACCACUCGCAGGAAAAUUUCUGUCUCUAGAAAUUUUUACAUGAUUUACAAUUUUUCAUUUUUUAGUUUGUACAACCAGUGCCGUACACUAUUACAACGUUCUUCCUCUUUUAUCACAAGUUUUAAAGGGUGCCACCAAAGUUUACAUCUGCCAAAGUGCAUGUAGUGAAACACAACAAAUAUUUUAUUUUCAUAUUAUUACGUAAAUUUUGGUAUGCUUGUGCAGUUGCGAGAGUGCCACAAGCAUCAUAAUAUAUAAUAUAAAAGAACAGCAUAUCUGUGACUGUGCUCGCAUCUCUCUGCAAUUUCAAUGCGAGAUGAGUAUUUUCAUUCAUAGACAGCAUACAUGUGAACCUUAACAAUCAUACACAGGAUGUGACAGUAAUAUCUUAAAUUUAGUUUGCACCAAUUUUGCACCUGCCAGCUGUCACACAAUGUGCAAGUCUCGCGCAUUAGCAUCCACUUUUUUCACGUUUCAUCCCUACAUUGUAUUAUCGCACUCAUCCUAAAAAUAAUAAAAAUGUUUAUAAAAGAUAAAGUGUAUGGAACGAUUAUACCCUAAAAUUCAUAAAAAUGUCGUUAUUAAGAUGUGAAUACAGGCCAUUUAAAUUUAAACGAAGACAUACAGACCGAGGAUUGCAAUCUAUAGCAUUACAAUUUAAAAUAAAAUAACAUAGAGGGCACUCUGUUUUGUGAUUAUUACAUAGAGGGCGCUAUAUACAAAUGUUUUAAUUUUUUUUUGUCUCACAUCAGACACUAACAACGUUUGCGUGUACUGUAUACCAAUUCCAAAGUACCUCUUGAUCAAAGGUGCAAAAGCAUUAUUAUUCCUGGUCACUGAACAUACAUUAGCAACCUUCUCUGCUCCUUGGUUUAUGUUAAAAUUUUUGCAAUGGCCUAAACCUAGAAGGUAUUUAUUUAUCCCUCAUUGUCUAGCGUGCUCCGCUUGUAGCUUCAGACUAAACUCCGUCGCUAGAAUUCAGUCGAGCUGUUGCAUGCUCAGAUGACUUUAUGUGGCAUCAGUAUGUUCCAAAUCUUACAGUCAAGUAUUCAAAGACUCCCAAGUAUUCAAAAACUCAGUGCAGACUGACUGUAUUCAUUAGAACAUUUGCAUCCUAUGAGUUACGCAGUUAUACCUAUGGGUGGAGAAAGACAAACACAAAGUGCCUUCGUUCAAUAUAACAAGCAAUAUAGAGAGUUGGAUUCGAACCCUACACAUUUAAGGUUGAGAGUGUCUGGAUUGCAACCACUGCUGUUGCUUCUUCCACGAAUGCUACUUGAUAAUACAAAAUUGUUUUUCUCUCGUAGAUAUAAACAUUAACACUCUAGAUAAUUUGGAAUCACAAUGAUGUCAAGCAAAUGAAAUCUUUAAAUUUCAACUUUCUGUCAACACUAUAUAGAUUUUCUUUGAAAAAAAAACCUGUUUUAUGCCCAUAUAUAGUCAUGAUGUGCCUAUAUAUGGUCAUGAUGACCAUAUUUAGGCAUGUUUUAGGCACAUUUUUUUGUCGAAUAAUUUUGAUAAUCUUGACAGGGCUUUAAAUUAAUUCAUUCCACUUUUGUUUUAUUUUAAGCAGUGCAAUGCAGUCGACCAUAAACAUUCCUAUAUAGAAUCCCCCCUCCAUGCCCGCUUCCACUUAAAUCAACAUAAUUAAUUUAAAAGCUCGCUUCUGUAUGAUGCAUGUAUUAUUCAAUUAUUUUUCAGGAAAAUAUGUUUACCCCCAAAUUUCAUAUUUUCAACCAUAAAAUGUAGACUAUAGAUUAAUGCUUUAAUUUUGUUUAAGUAUCUUUUUCUUGUUUUUCUCUUUAGAUAAAUGAAAAUAUGUUAUUGUUAAAGAUAUUUAUUUUAAGAUACGUAAGUAACAAAAGAACAAAUCAACAUGUCAGGUUGUUAUAAUUACUUACACAUUGAAAGUUCAUGGUAAUGUCAGAAUAUUUGAAACUUGCUAAUACAGUAAUUUUAAUUUCCUGGUUUGUUCCUUUGUUAAAUUGUAGAAGAAUCAGAUUGUUUUCUGCUUUUUUAUAUAACAACAACUAUAACCUAACUUGCUCCAACCAUACUGGAGCUGAGGUGUAUAUGAAUGCCCAUGGUCGGGGAUAUUUAAAUUCUAAUCGUGGACCUUUGACCCCUCAGCAGCAGCAGCCACGCUUUUCAUUGAAGUACGAGUAUUUUUAGCUGGAUCGAUGAGGAGCUCUAGGGACACGGCUGAUUGAUUGAUUAAUUAAUAGAGCUUUUAUGUAUGGGCGGCCAUUAGGGGCAAAUAUACUCUACUGCCUCUAUUAUACUGCCCCAUAUCGGAACUUUCGAGAUUACAAGAACUUGUUUUGUUAGACUCGCUAAUAAAUUGAUGAUUAUAACUACUAAUAUACCUUAUCAGUAGUGGUGCUUUCGAAUUUCUUUGAAAUUAGUUCCUUAUCUACAAGUUUGUAGUGUGUUAAAGAUAUACUCUCUGCCAAAAAUAUUGGGAAAACCAAAAAAAAUUCAAUCAAAACUCUGAGUAUCUCAUUUAAAGGAUCAAAAAAAAGUUAUUAACUUUAAACCAGAAGCACAUUUACAAGAUUAUUUUCUCACUGAUUUACAGACAUUUAGUUUUGUUAAUUAACAAUUCAGAAUUUGUUAACUGAUAAAGAGACAGUAUAUCUUGGUAUAUCUUAGUUCUAGAAUGGAAAAACCUUCAUGGGGGCAAUGAUUGUUGUAUAUCAAAGGGGAAUAGAUAGAGCUCCAGUUAAUUCCUUAUUUAUUUACCCUUGUAAUCAACUAUCUAAAUUUAUAUUAUUACAAACAUGAUUUGUAAUAUUCUCUGUAAAGCUUUCAUGAUAUUUUUAUGUUGUCAUGGAGCAUACUUCAUUUCUACUGUCAUGAAGUUUGUAAAGUUGUAGUUUGCCCUCCAAUUCGAGAUCACAUUUGGGACCUGAGAAUUUCGGGAGUUUGGUCUCCAAUUAGAGAAUGUAUCAAAAGGGUGAAUGUUGUUUAUUAAUACUUCAGAAAGCUGGCCUCAAAUUAGAGAGUCUCGGAAUUAGAUGGGUCUCAAAUUGAAGGGCAAAAUAAUUAUACUUUCAUCAUGACAGCAGAAAAGAGCAACAAGGUAUAAGACAUAUAGUUCUUUACUUUUCAGUAUUUUUAACCCUGUCACCACAUCAACAAGGAAAGGAAGAUAGUCUUCUGUGAAGUAUGCAUUAUAUUUAAUGAUUUUGUAGUUCGUUGGUGCUGGUUUUGUAUUCAAAUUAAAAUAAAUUAUACCUAGACCUUCUUUUUGAUGCAGUGUAUCUAUUUUAACAUAGUCAUUCCAUAUAGUGUAUUUAGAAUUACAUAAUAUAUGCAGGCUUAAUGUGUGAAAUGCACGCCUAUAAGUUGUACAGUCUAAUAAAUAAAUGAACACUUAAUACUUUUAUUUAGUGUUUUUUUUUCUCACCUGAAGUACUUCACUUUUGUUUUGAAGUUCAGUGAUUCGAUAAAGUGUUUAAAAAAAUGAAUAAAUAUUCGUCAGAGUUUAUACUCAAAUGUAAUGAUUGUUUUUGAGUGUGACAAAUUGAGAUUUCUCGAAAUAAAACGCUUGUCUGAUGAAGGGACACCAAAA